CAGGUUAUGAUCAUGUCGGGGUAUUGUCAGAGAAGUCACAGAAAGAUUACCCUGAGCUAAUCAUGAGCUUUUAUUAAAGAUCACAGACACUCUGUCAGGGCGGAUAGUGGACUCUUCACAGGAGCAGGCCCAGGUGAUUACUUAAAAACAGUCCCACCCAUUUUUAAAGCACACAUUAAAUAGCCCGUUAACAGCAGCUGAUAUACACAGUAGAGUUGGAGCAGGAAGCCAAUCUCUCUGACACUGUGACACACUCUUUACAUAUUUCUUCUCAAGGAGGAUAUCACUUGCAACGCUUGCAGAGGUUUAGCGAGUUGAGUUAAAGAGCUUGUGUCUGGAGGUCUCGACUGGGAAAAACAUGGGAAACGAUAACUCCAAGAACAAAGAGCAGACCAAGGGUGGGACGAUAAACGAGAAGCAUAAAAAUGGAUCAGCAAAUGGCCUCUCUGCAAACAUCACAUCUAAUGGGUUGGAGAUUGCUGUUGAUGGUGAGACCAUAGUCCAGCAAAAUGGCGAGGCCCUCUCUUUAAACCUCGACACAAAAUCAGUGGCGUCUGAUUUCAUCGUAAUCGAAACAGACUCCAAACCUGUUGAAGCUCCAGUUAUUUCCGAAAACCUUGAAACCGCCAUCCAGAAGGAUGAGGUCAAGGAAAGUAAAGAAGCACCAACAGAUGUAAGUCUUCCUGCCACCGAUGCACAGCCUGAGUCGACCUCAAGUGGAGAAGAAGCUGCCAUCGUGAUCGUCAAUGUGCACCAAUUGGACUUUGAAUAUCCGUAUCAAAAAGCUGAAAUAUCAACGCAAACAGACAGCAAAAUGCAAGCAGAUAUUUCAACGCAAACUGGAGAAGAUGAUGAUGAUACAACCACCAAUACAGAGGUCCCAAUGGAAGUGGUCCUGGAGAGAGUUGUGUAUGAGGACAUCGUAUUCAGAGCAGAACGGGUGGAAGUUACUGAGGCCAAAAACUACGAACUUAAAGAAACUGAGCCAGAAAAUGCUGCAGAACCCAAAUAUAACCCAUAUAAAUCCAUAAUAGACAAUGAAAUAGUUGCAGAGGAAGAUAAUAUUGAGGAAACCAUACCAUUCGAGGUGUCCUUCAGCCUUCCUAAAGUGGUGGCAGAUUGUGUUGAGGCAGUUUUCGCCACUGCUUCUGAAUCCAUUGACUUUGCUGCUGUGAACACGUCAGACCCAAGUGCAGAUGAAGUCAUUACUGAAGGCAAUGGUGAAGGACCUGGAGACAUGGCAGCUGAUGGAGUGCUGAUUGAAACCGCUGAACCUGAGUCUAAUGCUGCCACUCCUGAGGCACGGAAAGGAAAUGGUGUUCCUUCCCUUGACGAAGAGCUAGAGACUUUGGUGAUGGAAGCAAUCUCAGAGGUUGGUUGUGAAGAGUCAAAUGUUACACCUGCAAACCAACAGGAACUCUCUGUCCCUCUUGUGACAGUACUUCCUGUUAGCGCAGAAUCUGUUAUAAUGGAGAUAGCAGAAACCGAAGAAGCUCUGCUGAAUGAAUCUGAUGUUGUAAUUGGUGAGGAGGUUGUUGAAGAGACAAAUACGGAGCACUUAGCCAACCAGACUGCAAACCAAGAGGAACUUUCUGUCCCUCUUGUGACAGAAAAUCUGGUAAAGGUGGAAUCUACUGAUGAAAAGAUCACCACUGACGAUGUGGUUGCAGUCGAGGAUGUACCAGGAAUACGCAAAGAACUUGAUAAUGAGCCUUUGAGAAACUGCAAAAGUUGCCCUGUGAAAGAAAUUCUCAUCAUAAAGGCUCCUUCCAAUGAGCCUAUCACCAUUGAGGAGGAUAAGUUAAGCUUUUUUCCUGAAUUUAUCACUACAGAUAAGAAUGUUGAGGCUGCUGAAGUUGCAAAAACUGACGCCAAACCAGAAAUGGUUAAAGAAGCACAGCCAAGUCCCGUCAUUGCCAAAGACAAUGCUCAGGUGAUAAUGGAGGCAGUAACGGAUCCCCUCAUUAUCACCAAUGAGGAACUUCCUAAAGACACUUUAAGCUCUCCUGAUGAUGAAGUCAAGCCUGGGUCUAUUCCUGAUGUUGUCACUACAGAUGACAAGGUUGAGGUCUGUGAAGAUGUGAAGACUGAUGUGGGACUGGAAAGAGUUCAAGAAGCAGAGCCUUGUCCUGUCAUUGCCAGAGAUGAUACUGAGGUAACACUGGAGGCAGCAAUUGAUGCCCUCUCUCUAGAAUUUGAAUUAUGUGCCAUCACUCAUCCUCAGGAGUCUUUCAUCACCCCCCAAGAAGAAGAGGUGAUCGCUGCAUCAACUUUUGUGCCCCUUUCUACAGAACAACGAGCAAGCCUCGCUAUUCCAGAGGAGCCAGCUGACAGAGCUGCUGUGGAGAUGAACGAAGAAGCUAUGGAGGCUUCAUCAAAUGAAACUGAAGCAGUGCCAGAAAGUGUUGAGGAAAAUACAACUGGAGGAGACGAACUGGAACUGGAGGUUGCCAAUUCUGAAGAACUCGUGGAAGAAAAUGACAUGGCAGAAGGAAAAACAGAAGUACGUUUAGAAGUUAUGGCACAAACCGAAAUCUCUAAAACACCUGAACAAAUCCCUGUGAUCUCAGUCGAACCUGCAUUAGAGAAUCCAAACCCUUGUCAAGAAGAUGCAACCAUGGAGGUGUUGGAGAACAUACUAGAAUCAGUUGCUGAAGCUAUUUCAGUGAAACCUAAAGUAACUGAGAACACAGUUAAGGAACCUGCAGAUGUACCAGCAACGGACACCACAGAAGAGUCUAUGCCUUGUGUUUCAGCCCAACUCGUAGAACUUGUAGAGGAGAAUGUCACCCCAGCUAAAGUGCUGUUGAAAGACACUGCUGAAGGAACUGCUGUGGAAGUCUCUGAACGUAUUGAACAAACUGAUUCCGCCCUCGCAAUUUCUAAUGACUGUGUGGUGAGCCUCCUUGAGCAAACACUAAAAAGCGACAUGCGUGUGGUCAUUGUCAAGACGAUUGAAGUUAGAGAAGACAUAACAGAAGAGAUACUGCAAGAUCAUACUGGUGCUGUUUUAACUGCCAUUGAGGAGAACCCCAAAGAUGCCACUUUAGAUGAAUGUAGUGAGGCUGUUCUUGACUCCAUCGUAGAAGAAAUAAUUAGAGAACAUGUUGCAGCUGAAUUUAACCUUAUGACUUCAGAGGAGGUCGCACCAGAGGGAAAGACUGAGGAGAAUGAAUCAAGCGUGAACUCAAUGGAUUCAACAACAGACUCACAAAGUGUCACCAGCACAGACAUGGAAGCUUUAGUUGAUAGGUUACAAUCAGCUUGUGUGUCAGUUGUUGAAGAAUCAGUGUACAGCCUUGGUGGUUUACAGCUUUCUUCACUGGGACACAGAGUUACUGUUGAUAUCAACGUGGCCCCAAAGGAAGAACAGAUGUGAAGUGUUUGUCUGAAUUGUCUGAACUUUUGUUUUGAAAUAUAUCUGCCUACCUCUUUAGGAUAUUAUGUGUUUAAUAUGUGGUAGUAACUGUUUAUAAAUUAUUGUAUGCUUAAAUGUUUUAAAAGUGGACUCUUGGAAGAUAAAAAAAACGAGCCAAAAGAGAUCAAAAUAAAAAUCAAAUCAAAUUGCAACUGGAUUGUAAAAGGAUUUGUGUCUUGCAUGGUGCCUUUUUUUUUUUAUAUAUAUAUAUCAUCAACCCAAUAAAGCUCAGAUUGUGAAGUGCUGAAACAUUUUCCAAUAAAAAUGAAAGUUUGUCUUGUUCAUUCAAGAUU